CGUCUAUAGCCACAGUCACCUGCACUCAGGAUUACUAUCACUUGACCGAUUCCUAGCGCUUGCUGUCUGAGCCGACUGAGCACUCUCCAUCGCCUAAACUUUGCCACUCAGCAACCAUGUACCUGAUGUACUACGACGACGAUGCGGGCAACCGCGUGUACACUCUCAAGAAGAUUGCGCCUGACGGCACUCCGACCAAGUCGGCGCACCCAGCUCGCUUCUCGCCGGAUGACAAGUUCUCUCGGGAACGCAUCACCUGCAAGAAGCGGUUCGGCCUGCUGCCGAUCCAGAAGCCCCCUCCGGAGCUUUGAGCAACAUGACGGCGACAUGGCGUGGAGUGUAUCAUUGUACUAGAUGUUGGGGAUAGGGAGGAGCGUGGGUAGACGACGCGUGGGUGUGUUUCGUGUGUGUGCGUGUGUCGCACUGGGCAAGUGUGCGGGGUUGCAGGUCAGCUCCACAUCUCGUGACGUCUGUCUCGCGCGCGAGGGUGCUUCUGUCACCGCGACGCCUGUCUAGUUGCAUGAAUGCCGCGGUCCCCAGCCCUUGACGGGUGAUAGCUUGCCGCCGCGCAGUGGAAGCGCGAGCGCAAGUGGGAUUGCUUUACUUCUUAUUCGGUGUUGGCUGCUUGAUAGCCAGCCAGAUUACGGUGGCGUGCAGGGCACUGUCCCUGCAGACGCGACGGAGGAUACGACGGGCCCCUGAGGAGACGGAUAGGAAUGGCACGCAGAGGUUUGGGCCGGUGGCGGAGCGGUAUUAGGCUCGGGCUACGGGCCCCCGACAAGGGACCGGGUUCAUGUUGGUCUGAGUGAAGAACGAACGGCUGACUGGCAUGAUAUUACAGUGCACCUCAUGUAACGCACUUGGUUGAACAAAGCCGGAACAAGAAGUGCGGCCUGCUUCACCCGCGUUUGUGCAGCGUGGCUUUACUUGCAGCACCGGCUGCAGACUUGUACAGUGUGCCUUGAGCUAAUCGCGCCCGCUGAAUGCAACAAGUCAGGAAGUGGGUGUCCGUAGCCAGUUACCCCCACGAGUCACCCGCCUGUUAAGCUAAUCCGCAAU